GUAGCGAGUUCACGAAAACAUAGUGCUCAGUACUUCGACGAAGAAAUUGGUUUCGUGAUCGUAGACAACAACUCUACCUUGUGUGUUUUGGCCGGUGUCCCCUCAUCGCCCCCUGCUUGGCUAGUCCGGCAUGAUCGAGUCUCGCAGCUGCUGCGUGCCAACACAUGCCAAGAAUGCUUUCGAUGUUAUGCAAGACCUGCGGCGGCAGCAGCAACUCUGCGACGUCAUCCUGUGCGUGGAUGGCGCCAAGUUCCAUGCCCACAAAGUGGUCCUAGCGGGCUGCAGCCCGUACCUGCGGGCCAUGUUCACCAACGGGAUGUUGGAGACAGACAGGGACUGUGUACAAAUACAUGGCGUGGAGCCGACCACCAUGGAGAUGCUGCUGGACUUCAUGUACACAAGUAACAUUGAGAUUAAUGUGGAGAAUGUACAGAGUAUUCUUCAGGGUGCCAGUCUGUUGGGACUACACUCUCUAAGGACAAUCUGCUCACAUUUUCUACAGACCCAGUUGGUGGCAUCAAACUGCUUGGGUAUCCAGCACUUUGCAGACAUGUACACAUGUACAGAGCUGGAAGCAAUUGCAAGACAGUUCAUCUAUCAGAACUUUCUCGAAGUCGUGCGAACAGAUGAGUUUUUCGAUCUCGCUGAAGAGAGGCUUCUCCAGUUGUUGAAAAGUGAUAAACUUCAGGUGAUGGCCGAGAGCCAGGUGUUCGAGGCAGCAUCAGCGUGGCUGCAGUGGGACCCCGUGUGUCGUCUUGACAAAGCCUGCACCGUUCUCCAACACAUCCGAUUAGCUUUGCUAGAGCUGCCAUACUUGGAAAAUGUUGUGUUAAAAUCCGAGUUUUUUCGUACGUGUCCAAAGUGCCAGUUGUUCAUCAGCAAAGCAAUUCGAACAAAACAGGACAUGACGGCCAUGCAACUUGUGACCCCCCGAGCCCAGCCCCCGUGUAUAUAUGUGGUGGGGGGCAGGAACAGCUCGGACUGUCAGCUGAAGAGUGUGGAGAGAUAUGACUUUCUGACUGAUCAGUGGAUGUCCAUGCCCAGUAUGAACAUUGCCCGGACAGCGGUAGGGGCCACCAGCCUGGAUGGGAUGCUGUUUGCAGUGGGUGGUGAGUGUGCGCUGGUCGACACUCAAGAGGACACUCUCUACCUCCGCUGUGUGGAGUGUUACGACCCAGUGAUGAAACAGUGGAUACCAAAGACGGAGAUGAAGGUUGCAAGGUCAUUUGUGGCAGUGGCUGCUGUGGCAGGGGUCUUGUAUGCUAUAGGGGGUGAGGAUCGAUCGUGCAGCUACAGCAUCAUGGAGAGGUACGAUCCCAAGACAGAGAUGUGGUGUUUUGCUCCCAGCAUGAAGAGGAAGCGGGCAGGCUCAGGGGUUUCUGUGUGUGAUGGCAAGAUAUAUGUAGCUGGUGGCUAUGACAAGACAUUGCAUAUGGACAGGGCCAGCGUGGAGUGUUUUGACCCAGAUACACAGGAGUGGACGUUCGCGGCGGAGAUGGAGAAGGCCCGGUCGGGGCUGUCACUGGUCACUGUUGACCACUUCAUAUAUGCAUUCGGGGGACGCUUCAGACACACUGACCAGUACUUCGAUCUCGUCGAGAGAUUCAACACUCUCACCCGCCAGUGGACAACCAUCACCCCAAUGAACACACCCCGAGCUUGGCCGGGCAUUUCAGUGUUUGAUGGAAAGAUAUAUGUCGUCGGUGGCUUCGACGGCCAGAGUCGUCUACGGAGUGCGGAAUCGUAUGACCCAGAUGCUGAUCAGUGGUCGUUGCUUAGCAACAUGCUUGUCAGUCGAGCAGGUUGUGGUGCAGGUGUUGUGUGAGAUUUCUUCAGCGUGAACAGUCCUUGAAUGUUAUUUAUAUUUAGUUUGUCAGUCAAAUAGUAUAGGGUGGAGAGGAUUUAUUUCAUUUUUUGUCAAAGCCCAUAGGCGAAUCUAGACGUGUUCUUUCUCCGAUUUCUAGUUGACUUCCUUCGGACCUGGAGUUUACAACACCCAUGAUCUUACCAUGCUUACAUAGCAUUCUGACAGUUAUUUCUUUCAGUGUUUAGUUUCUGGGUGAAACAUUACAUUAUGCAUGAUAUACAUCUAUGUCAGAAACAAAUGCAAGAGGAGCUCUUGAGUCCACUGUUCUUCCUGUGGGCAGUGUGCCCUGCUUGAGAUCUCAUGGUUCAUAUUAAUGACAUUAGCAUAUUUACAUAAUCAUUUAGAAGAAUGAUUACAGCAUGGACAUAAACUGAAGAUGCAUUGUGUGAACAAUCUCAUUAAAUCAGAUCUUUUGCUCUGAUUCAAAACCUCAACGUUAAGAUUGACAGCCUCUAAAAAGGAAUGUCUGAAGUUAACUUUCUAAUCAGCCAGUCAGCUUUGAUGCUUUAAAGUUCUUGGUAAUAACCUUUCAGACAAAGCAUAUCAAAAUUUGGUAUCUAAAAUACCCACUUUAACCUGUAGUUCACAAUUUUGAAAAUAACAGUGCCAACCGGUAGUGCAUUGAAGUAAUGGUAGUGGUCUGUGUGGGUCUCCUUUUGUGCAACAUUUCUGAAUUGAGGUAGCCAGAAAGUCAUUCCAGAAAGCUGACAUCUGAUUGGUCAUGAAGCCUUCAUUGAGGUCGGAGUCAUAUAAUUCUAGAAAGCUGACAUCUGAUUGGUCAUGAAGCCUUCAUUGAGGUCGGAGUCAUAUAAUUCUAGAAAGCUGACAUCUGAUUGGUCAUGAAGCCUUCAUUGAGGUCGGAGUCAUAUAAUUCUAGAAAGCUGACAUCUGAUUGGUCAUGAAGCCUUCAUUGAGGUCAGAGUUCACUCUGAGUGAGUGUUGACUCUGUAAGGAGGUGUUGUCUGAUCUUCAUGCAAAGAGGUAACAUAUUGGAAAACAGGACCUGAUUUGAAUGAGAUGAAGUACAAUGUAUUAGGACAUUUUUCAUGAGAGGUUUUUCAUUUUGUUGUCUUUGUGCAUAUUUCUCUACCACAUUUUAUACCUACAUAGCUUACAGUGCAGAAAUUGAAGAAGCCAUUCAUCUUCAAUUGUAACUUUAUGCCAAAGAAGCAGUUUUAUAUGCCAAAA